GGAAAAGUUACAUCUCAGUACCAGGAGAGGCCCUCACAAUGCAGUCUCAGACCACGAUCGUGGGACUUUUCUACCACAAAAUGCACAACUACUACAAAAAAAUCAGCCCUCUACAAACAAGGAUAAAUGAGGCAGUGGAUUUUAAAGAUCAUAAGAUCCAGAUGGCCAGUCAUCUUAUUUCUCUGAAGGUGGAACCCUCUCCUGCCCUGUCACUCAACCUGUCCACUGAGCCGCUCAUCCGGAUCGUCCUCACGCAUCAGCUGAGUAAAGAACAGCAGCUCCAGGCCUCAAACCAAAGUAAUAAAGUGUUCCUGUUCUGCGCCUUCCUGGACUACAGCUCCAAAGAGGGUGUGUGGUCCAACGAGGGGUGUGUGAGAGCUGAUGGAAACCUGUCCUUCUCUAUUUGCUUGUGUAACCAUCUGACAAACUUCGCCAUCCUUAUGCAAGUGGUUCCCAUGGAGCUCUCAAAGGCCCACCAUGUGGCGCUGUCCACCAUUAGCUACAUCGGCUGCUCUAUCUCUAUUUUCUGUCUGGCAAUUACACUGGUCACCUUUGCUGUCCUGUCGUCUGUUAGCACCAUCCGUAAUCAGCGUUACCAUAUUCAUGCAAACUUGGCAUUUGCAAUCUUAGUCGCUCAAAUCCUUCUGCUCAUCAGUUUCCGCUUCAAUCCCGGCACGCUCCCGUGUAAGAUCAUGGCUGUAUUGCUGCAUUUCUUCUUCCUGUGUGCGUUCGGCUGGAUGCUGGUGGAAGGGUUGCAUCUCUACAGCAUGGUGGUCAAAGUGUUUGGGUCAGAGGGCAGCAAGCACUUUUAUUACUAUGCAAUCGGAUGGGGAUGUCCUUUUGUCAUAUGUGUGGUGUCUAUGACCUCGUCACUAAACAGCUAUGGAGAGGAUGGCAAUUGCUGGCUGUCUCUGAAGAAUGGGGCGAUUUGGGCUUUUGUAGCCCCUGCCCUGUUUGUAAUAAUGGUGAACAUUGGCAUUUUGAUAGCUGUGACACGGAUCAUAUCCAGGAUCAGCGCUGAGAACUAUAAGGUUCACGGAGACGCCAACUCUGUUAAGCUUACGACUAAAGCAGUGGCGGUACUCUUGCCCAUCCUGGGCAUAUCGUGGAUCUUUGGGGUUCUGGCGGUGAACGACCACUCCCUGCUUUUCCAGUACAUGUUUGCAGUGUUUAACUCACUACAGGGGUUCUUCAUAUUCCUGUUUCACUGUCUGUUAAACUCUGAGGUGAGGGCUGCUUUCAAACACAAAACUAAAGUGUGGACUUUAACCAGCAGCUCAAUCCGCAACAUCAAUGUCAAACCUUUCAACUCAGACAUAAUGAACGGCCACAAGGGCGGUGUGACUCCCACAAAGAUGAACACAUGGGACAAAAGCACCAACUCAGCCAACCGCAUAGAUUUAUCAGCGGUAUAAUGGCUUCUGGUCCAAAGAGAGCAAGAGGACAGCAGCAUAGCAUUUCUUGUAGAACAUGUGCCUUUCUAUAUCACAUUUUAUAUGGACUCCAAAUGAUGAAAUGGCUAAAAACACUUGCAGCUCAUUGUAGAAUAGUUAACUCACAACACCGAGCUCUCUGAUGUAAUUUCCUCCUGCUGAUGAUCUCUCUAAUACAAACAUAGGAUGAAGACACACAGCCCAUUGUUGGGAUGACUUUUUGAUCGUUUGCUAAUAAUGUGGUCUGCUAAGGAAUCUGAGUUCAAGAAAACACACUAACUCUCACAGACAGGAGACUCUCCUGAGAUACAGUACCUGUGCUGUAACUGUUUGCUUGCUUUGAUAUUUUGAAUAACACACUAGACCUGUGCUACAUUUGGACCACUGUUUAGCCGUCCUUUAAACAGAGGAAUCAUCACGUACAAGUCUGGAGUGUCUCAACUUUAAUAAGAACGCUUCUUUGCAACCGGCCUGAGUGAAGUAGCAGCUUCUAUUAAUUUUUGUCCAUCUGCCCAUCUACUAUGGCUUUAAAUUAGACCUGGAAGAGAAGUACAAUACUGGCGAAAAUCUCUGGAGUUCUUCCUCAUUAUUGUGAUGGUUUUCUCUUUUUUAAUGUAGUAUUGUAAAUGGCACU